GCGGCCCCCUCCGACCCAAGCAACGACCCCACGCGGGGGUCGCCGCCUCAACACCCACCAUAUAUAAACCUCCCCACGCGCACCGCAACCCCACGAACGGAUCACCCGAUCAACUACACGAACACGAUGGACUUGCAUCCCCUCACCCCCGACCAGCUCGCCCAAGCAGCCACCACCUGCCUCCACCUCCAAGCCACCGCGCAAGACAUCCACCGUAAACGGCCCUUCGUCGCCCUCCUCCUCGGCCCCGACAACACCACCGUGCUCCUCUCAUCCAACUCGCUCUCCCACGUCCGCCACGCCGAGUGCGAACUCGCCCGCAACGCCGCCGACAACUUCGACGCCGCCUACCUCGCCGCCUGCACCCUCGUCUCCACCUGGGAGCCGUGCGCCAUGUGCGCCGCCACCAUCUACUGGGCCCACAUCGGCCGUCUGGUCUACCUGGCGUCCGAGGCGGCCCUGCGCGACAUCGUGGGCCCGGCAAAUCCGGAGAACCUCACCAUGACGCUCGACUGUCGCGUGGUGUUUGCGGCGGGUCAGACGGACACGGAGGUCAUUGGUCCGGUGCCGGAGUGGGAGGGCCGUGUUGUACAGGAUGCACGCCGGUUCUGGGAUUCGCAUCGGAAUCCUCAGUAGACUCGAUGAAGGAGGACUGUCAGGCGUCUACUUUCCCGCAUAGAGCGGGAAAGCGCAGAUCUCCAUGUAGUCCUGGUACGCGCUCUCGUUCUCUUCAAUGUAGUGGAUAAUGAAUCCC